CAUUUUUGCAAGGCAAUUUAUCGUCAAUCAAAAAAGUUAGGAUUGGGAUCGCUAGUGACUCAAAAUGAACAUGCUCAAUUUGUAUUAAGGAAAAUAAUGGCAUUAGCGUUAUUACCAUGUGAUAUGGCCGUAGAAGGAUUUAAUUUAAUUAAAUCUGAAGCCCCUGACGAUAUUCGUAAUGCAUUUAGUAAUUUUUUUACUUAUGUGGAAUCCACUUGGUUGGAAGGGGUUACACCACAACUUUUUAGUGUGUUCAAUUUAGUUAGACGGACUAAUAAUGCAGUUGAAGCAUAUCAUCGAGUUCUAAAUCAGAAGUUUGGUGUUCAUCCAAAUGUGUGGGCUUUUACAGAGCACCUGGUACAACUUCAAUCAAAAUCACACAAUGAUGUAAUAAUUCUUCACUCUGGUCAAAGGGUAACUAGACUGCCUAAAGUUAGAUACCUACUAAAUGCUGCCAAUAUUUCACGAGCGUGGCGUGAACUGCAAAAUCAACAAAUAUCAUUGUCUGAAUUCUUAGAAAACGCUAAGUACUUUGUCAGUUCACUAGUUCGAACAUUGUUAAGUAAUGAUAAUAGCAGACAUAAUGAUGAUUUAAAUGAUGUACUUCUCAUUGACGGUGCACGCAUAGUCGAAACAAGAAUAGAGAACGCUAUUGUGGAUACAAUGAGAACUGCAAAUGUUAACAAUGCAUCGGAAAGUAACUCAAGAGAUGACAAUUUACAUACAAAUCGACCUACAACACGAUUAAGAACAGCUACAAUUGCAAAUAAUGAAUCUGAAACUAUUAGUUUAAGUAAUACCAAUCGUUCUAGGCGAACACGUCCUAGUAGACCUCUCACACGCAGGGUUAGUCAACGUAGAACGCGACGCAGGACUAGUGUUUCAACUUUAGUCAGCAAUAAUGGCAAUGCUGAUACCUCAACUUUUGCACAAACAACAGUUCAGGCCAGUGUCACAAGAGUUACACCAGAGGAAGAUGCGGAAAUUAUGGAGUUUGUCGAUCGAGUUUUACGUGAAAAUUCUGUUCAGGUUACAGAAUUACAUACUGAGAAUACAGAGUUAUUGGACAACUUCAUUGCUGAUUUACCACAAGGUUCGGCACUUACCUUAGAGUUAGACAGAUCCAGUGUUGUAAAAGAUAUGUUUUCAUUCUACUCAGACCCUAUGGUUACAUUAAAAAGUUUAAACAUUGUGUUCAAAGGAAAGUUGGGGUCAGAUUUUGGUGGAUUAACUAAAGAAGCAUUCACCAUUUUUUGGAAUGAAGUAGUAAUCGACUACUUUCGAGGUGAAGAUGUCGUAUUCUAA